ACAGAGCUGCAUUCAUUUGUGUAUGUUAUAUGUACAUGGAGAUGAGCUUUAAAUGUAUCAAAUUAUAAGAAUUAAGACCACCAGAUCAUUGUAAUAACUAGCUUGUUUAACAUGUAUAUAAAGCUAUCAUUGCAGUGACUAAACCUGAUUCAUGAAGCCAACAGUAAAGAGCAAUCAUAUAAAAGGAAACUGAAAAAAUUUAGAGUACCUCCGGAGACUUCCCUUGAAGUGAUGUAAUACAGAUCAAUAUGCUGGGACUGUCACAAUCAUUACUAUGAUAAUCUAUGUAUUACCUUAUCUACGAAGCUGAUAAAGGAUCUUUAGGAUCUAUAAAAGGCAGGGGAUUGGCUUUGUAUUUACUACAGCCCAGAGGCAAUUAGGCAAAAAGCACUGCUUGCUUUAGUCUGCCUCUAGUAACUUUAGUGACACUCAGUGUUGCCUUUGAGCUCUCAAAUUGCAAAUUUCCAAAGCAGAGAAGAUGUGGAGGAGAAUGUCUCAGAUAUUGGUUUCUGUUGUGCUGAUGGAGCUGUGGUUGGUGCUGGUGGUUCAGACACUGCCACUUUUUGACGAAGGACCACACGUGCAAGGUGACUGGAGGGAGUCUAUAAGAAUCAAGCGUCUGCAAACAAGCAGAAGGCAUGGGCAGGAGAGCUUUUAUCUAAGGAUACAUGAUGAUGGCAGAGUAGAUGGAGAAAGACAUCAAAGCUUUCACAGUUUACUUGAAAUCAGAGCAGUUGAAAUAGGUGUAGUGGCCAUCAAAGGUUAUCACUCGUCUCUGUAUCUGUGUAUGGGAAGCGAGGGCACACUCUAUGGAAUGAAUAUCUUUUCUCCUGAAGAAUGUUCUUUCAGAGAGGAACUUCUUCCUGGUGGAUAUAAUAUGUAUAGAUCGAAGACGUACGGGAUUGCAGUCUCUCUACGCAAUAAGCAAAAGCUGCAAUCGAAAGGAAAAGGAAAUCCUCCACCACUGUCCCAAUUCUUACCUGUAAGACACGGGGUACAAUCAGACCUCAACCAGUAUCGGAUGGAUGAAGAGGAUGAAGAUUAUGGUAUUCAAUAUGAUGACAAAAAGAAUUCUCCAGAUUUUCACAGCAUGGACCCCUUUAGACUCAUAAACCAUGACAAAAAAUAGCAACUGGAGUUUUGGAAUAUACUGAAAUGGAAUGUAAAGAAAAAAAAAAUUACAAUUACGAGCAAAACUUACAAAGGGAACCUGUAAAGAUGGCAAAAUGACAAAAAAAGAAGUUACUGCACAAUACAACUCCAAGGUCAUCUUACCACCUUGUUUUCAUCGUGAAGAAAGGAUAGAACAAGUCAAAACCUAAAGACGUAAAACUUUUGGUACAGUUUUUUGCAGACCACACAAGAAUUUUGUGCAUAUUUUGUGGGCAUUCCACUAGAAGACCUAUACAAACCCAUUUCAGCUGCUAGCUUACAUGCACUACGAUCAUUCAAAAAAAAUGAUCAAACACCAUUUUCUGGUCCUUGGGGUCAAAAGAUAUCUUCGAACGGUGAUCCAGUGUUGCUGGAAAUUUUAUCGCUAUACAUAGCUUACAUACAAUUUUCAGCAUGCCUGAUAAGUGACAUAUGGGUACCAAAUCUGAGUAUACCGUAAAGAUUGCUUUAAAUUUUCUAUUCAUGUCCAUAUGUCAGAAUGUUUUAGAUAAUAUGUUUCUGAAUAUCAGAAGAAAUGGCAAACUAUAUUAUUUAGAUAUCAGGAGGCAGUUGGCCUAUAUCGGAGCCA